UGUAGCCGAACGACGCUCCCACACCCAGGCUCCAUGCCGCGGGCGCCCCCGCUUCCCGCGCUGCUCACCGGCCUCGCCCACCGCGUGACAUCCCCAGCGGCGGCGAGGCAGCUCCACGCGCAGCUCCUCCUCCGCGGCCUCCCGCUCCCCGCCCGCGCCGCCGUCACCCUCAUCGCCGCCUCCUCCUGCCCACGCUACGCCUGCGCCGUCUUCCACAGCGUCCCGGCCGCCUCCGCAAACGUCUACCUCUGGACGGCCACCAUCUCCUCCUACGCGAAGCACGCCUCCCCGGCGCUCGCGGCCGAGGCGUUCGCGCUCUUCCGCCUCAUGCUCCGCUCGGGCCCGCCGCCGAACGCCUUCACCCUCACCUCCCUCCUCAAGUCCCUGUCCCCCCUCCGAGCGGUACACGAGGUGCGCCAGGCGCAUGCCUUCCUCCUAAAGUCCGCGCUGGGCUCCUCCGUGCACGUCGGCGCGGCAUUGCUCGAUUCCUAUGGAACUCUUGGCCAGGCGCACGAUGCACGGACCAUGUUCGACGAAAUCCCCACAAAAAACGUGGUUGUCGGCAACUCCAUGGUAUCAUGCUACGUCAGAGGAGGGCAACUGGAGGCUGCGCGGGAGGUGUUCGACGGGAUGGCGGAGAGGGACGCGAUCUCGUGGAACACGCUCAUGUCAGGGUACCUGCGGCGGGGCGACGCCGAUGCCGCGAGGGCUCUGUUCGACGAGAUGCCGCGGAGAAACGUGAACAGCUGGAACAUGAUGAUCGCCGCGUGCUCGGGAGCCGGGCUGUGGGGUGACUCCGUAGGGGCGUUCAAUCGGAUGCGGCUCGUGGGUUUCCAGCCUGACGCCGCGACGAUGGCGGUGCUGAUGUCCGCGUGUGCGCAGCUUGGUUUCAUGUCGGUUGCAAAGCAAGUGCACGGACUCUUGCGGAAGGGCUGUGUCGAGAUGAACUGCCACGUGCGGAACUCUUUGGUUGACAUGAUUGCCAAGUGUGGCUGCAUUGGUGAAGCUCGUUCCUUGUUUGCCGAGACGCGUCCGAAGGAUGUCGUGUCUUACAAUGUGAUGGUCUGUGCUCUUGCGCAACAUGGACAUGGCAAAGAUGCUCUGAAGCUUUUUAACAAGAUGACUGCAGAGGAAGGGAUGCAGCCUGAUGCAGUCACAUUUCUCGGUGUCUUGUCAGCUUGUGCUCAUGCGGGGCUUGUGGACGAUGGUGAACACUAUUUUCAGUCCAUGGGAACUACGUAUGCAAUUCAGAAAUCUGCAGACCACUAUGCUUGCAUGGUGGAUCUCUAUGGCCGAGCCGGGUUGAUUGAAGAAGCACACCGCUUUGUGAAGGUAAUGCCAGUGAAGCCACAUGCAGGUGUAUGGGGAGCAUUGCUCAAUGCCUGCCGUAAGCAUUGCAACGUUGAUGUAGGUGACAUCGCCGCAAGAGAACUCGUCAGGAUAGAACCGUUGAAUCCGGGCAACUACAUUCUCCAUGCCAAUACACUAGCUCGAAGUCAGCGAUGGGAUGCUGUUGAGGACGUACGGCGGUUGAUGAGGGGAAAUAUUAAUGAAAAAAAUACAGGGUUCAGCUGGGUUGAAGUGGACACUGUUGUUCAUGAGUUCUUGGCGGGGGAUUUUAGCCAUCCCAGUUUUGAUCAAAUUUACAAUAUCCUGGACCAUCUGUAUCUCCAACUGACUUGAGAUUGUUUAUGCUUGAAGGAGUGGAGAGGUCGUUGUUUCUUCUCACUGCUAAAUGUCAUUAGCGGCAGGAUAUCACAUGUGUCCUCAAGUUUGUAUCCAACUAACCAUGCACUUCAACAAGAAGAGGUGUAUGUGAAGGCGAAAGCUACACCUGAAGUGGAACCUCCAAGCGGUGCUAUCUCAACUCUCAAGGAUGGUUUGUUCCAUAAUGUUGACAGAAAUACAGCAACUUAAAAAUGUGCCAAACUAACCCAUGCUGUACCAUACUUAGACAAAAUAUUAAGGAUAGGACUUGCACUCUUUUGCUUCUUAACUGCUCUUGUGAUGAGGAGGUUUGAUUUUGGAUUACUGGCUUUGCACAUAUCGACAUCUGUGCACCGAUUAGAUCGCAUAGAAAGCUGCUGAAUCUUGGCUGGAGGCAGGAUAAAUGCGUGAAAGUAACUGUAACUCAAAUUCAGUGAUAUGUUCAGAGUUUUACUGGUCUGCCAUGGAAUAUUCCGAUGAGUCCAAGCGAUACAGGUAUUGUUAACUAUUGUGAGAAGGUUUACAUGUACCUGAAGUUUGGCAAGCUUGUUGCUAGGGUAUGCACUGACAGGUUUAAAUGCCUGUUUUACCCCGGGAAGAAGAAACAGGACUACCGCGCUGCAAAGGUGAAGGCAAACCACCAGGACCUGGCUAAUCUUCUCAAGACUGAUCAUGCUGAUGCAGCAGGAUCAUUGUCCGCGCGACAAGUCGAUGCACUGAUUAAUCCUCUUAAGCCCGUGCAAGAACAAGAACUGUUUAUUUGGCCUGGAUGGACAUCCUUUCCAAUGUGCCAGCGGAGCAAACAGAGAUAGGUGGAGCCACUCUAAUGCAGCUGCUAGCUGAUUUCAGACCCCCGUGUUUUAAUGUUGCGCAUUGUAUCAAAGGGUACACUGGCUUUGCGGUCGUCUGUUUCGAGAAGGAUUGGAUUGGGUUUAAAUGCCUACAAAUGACGUCAUUUGGUUGAAGUGGAUUGGAAUCAGGUGAUUGACAUGGAAAGUACAUUUUUUGUUAGCUGGCAAGAGACGAGGAUUAGAAUGCCAAUGAUCCAGUUUGUUGGUUCUUGUCAGAAAAUGGUGAGCUAAAGACAAUGUUUGGACUGCAACUUGAACGUCCGGAAGACUGAGACUCUCAUAACUAAUUUGACAAACCAGAUUAGUGCUAAGAGCAAGUAUUUACUGUAACUUGAGUGCAAGUGUAAUCAGAUGGAUCUUGGUUUUUAGAGGGCCAUAGAAGACGGUAACUGGCUGCACCAACGCUACAAUGAAUGUACCCUCAUGGAGCUGCACUAAUGGAAAAGUCUCAUGCUGUAGCUGUAUGGAUGAUUAUACUCUUUUACAUUGCCACCAUGAUCAUUUCUACUUUUUAAUUUUGUCUUUUUCUGCAGAAAUGGGAAAUAUACAGUGUU